CAGCUGUGCCGGCCCUGUGGUUCCUUAAUGGGGCAGAGCAAUGGUGGCCUUUGCAGGAUUCAUCUCCGCCGCAUUCGCCGUCCUCUUCUUCGGCAGCAACUACACCGAUUCGGCCUUGGCUUCUUCUCAUGGGCGCCAGUUGUAGCGAAGUUAUGCCAUGCUGUGCUUGGGCAUCUGGGUCACCGGGUUGGUCGUGCUGGUCAUGCGGGGCAGCCCUGCCUUCUAUCCCGUGGCGAUGUGCGGCGGAGUCCUCUGGGGCACCGGGAACUGUAUGUCAGCCUACAUCAUACGCCGCACUGGCCUUGGUUUAGGACUCGUCACCUGGGGCUCCACUGCUCUGAUCAUCGGCUGGCUCACCGGCUUCUUUGGGCUCUUUGGCUUACCCAGCGAGCAGCGAUGCCUGGACCAGCCUUGGCUCAAUGUGGUUGGCUUUGGAUUGGCAAUCGCCGCGCUGGGAACCAGCACCCUCAUCAGGAAGACCCCAGCUCAGAAGCUCCCCGGCGGGAAGGAGGAGCCCAAAGAACUCGAGGCCAGCUCCUGGGAGAGAACCAAGGGGAUUCUGGCAAGCUUGUCUGCCGGAACUUGCUAUGGCUUCAAUUUCUUGCCAUCGACCUGGAUCCAACACCACGUGACCGAUUCCUCCAAGGAGGGCUUGGACUACGUCUUCAACCAGUUCUGUGGCAUUACAUUUGCCUCCAUUGUGUACUUCAUGGUAUAUUGCCUUUGGAAAGGGAACAAGCCACAAGUGAAUCCGGAAAUUUUCCUGCCCGGCUUCGUUUCAGGAGUGAUGUGGGGCAUAGCGCAGUCUUUCUACUUUAUAGCUAAUGUAGAAUUAGGCUACUCAGCCGCGUUUCCAAUCAUGUCAAUCGGCCCUGGCGUCAUUGGAUCUAUGUGGUCUGUAUUCGUGUUCAAGGACAUCCAAGGCCGAAGGAACCAUGUGCUGCUGGCAUUGUACUUCAAGCUGGCCAUCGCAUCCUGCAUAUGCAUCGUGGUGUCCAGAAAAGCUUCCGGCACCUGUGAUUAGCAAGAUGGAGGUUUGCGUCCUGCACACUUCAAUUUGGCAAAUGGCAGGAAUUGCCUGUCACUGCAAUUUUUGGAACCGAAGUGUCAGUUCCGAAUUAGAAGUUUUGUGAAGGCUGCAGCAUUUGGCUGACAUCUUCCAACGAGCUUAUGGUGAAGCCAAGCUCGUUCAUAAUUUCGAGCCUGGUGCUGUUUUGCAAGGGGGGGUGAGUUACGAAGGCCUGCCUAAAAAACAACUGGCCCGCGU